CAGCCGACUUCGUCUACGCCGUUCGCCUCGCUCUCUCGCUUCUCCAUUCUCGGUUCCCGGUUCCCGGUUCUCUCUGCUUAACCGCCGUAACCGCAACUCCAUCGUGUAACAGAAUACAGCCGUAUAUAGCGCAGAUGAUAAGCUUACCGGAGAUGGGAUAUAAAUCGUUUUGUAUUAUGGUGGUGAAACAGUGAAGUUUUCCACGUAUCUAUAUAUGUAUGUACAUAUAUGUAUACACCUAUUUACAUAAAUGCGACGCGCUUACGGAAAUAUUGAGACGCGUACCGAGUGAGAUCGUUAAUCUGUACUGAUCGUCCGGAAUUUGGAAACAACGAAGUGUAAAGCCGUGCAGAGGAGAGUAGCUGCCGAUUUAUAAAUAAUACAUCGAUGAUCACGAUAUAACAUCUCAUAGUGAAAGGAAAGGAAAUUUGAGCGACGAAAUAUGAGAAAAUCGAAAUCGUAAAACUUCCAUCACGAUUAGAUUCCAAAGCGAACGAAAAAGAAAAAGGAAAAAAAGAAGAACAAGACUGACCAAAGUAAUUCGACGUUCGCUAUCUUUUAUAUAAUCAACAUGGCGGAUCGGGAGGAGCGGGAAACUAUCCUGGCGCGAAAUCAGCCGGGAAGGAAGUCUAUAAGACCGUCGAGUUUCCGGAAGACGUUGAAUCCGGAUGGAACAGUGAUCCAGCAGCGACGUAGUCCCGUUAUUGGUUCCGAUUCGAGGACCAGCAGUCCCAGUCCCAGGGGAAGUCCCUCGACGCCGGAAGGACUUAAGCAGUGGGAACUCGUCGAGGGCGACGCGGGUCUCAGGGUGGUGGAAAAACGAAGCGCUGUCGGUGGCGGGAAUUCGAACGUCAAUUCGAACUCUAAUUCGGCGAGCGGGUCGCCGGUUAUGACCGGCAGCAGAGGCUCGUCGUUUAGAUCGCGAGGAAGCGCCGGAGGUGUUCCGAUAUUCGUUAACGAACGGACGCAGAACUCUAUAGUUAGUCAGAAUAUUCAGGACUUUGAGAACGUUUUGGCUAAGAAGUUCGGUCGGUCAUUUGAACGGUCGGUAAUCGGCAAGAGUAAUGCGAGUUCUUCGACCGGUGGUGAGUUUCAAACGUCGAACGGGCGACGAUCUUCAUUGAGGGAAAAUCAGAGCGGAAAAACUGGCGUGAAACUAGAUCUCAUACUCAAUGAUCAGGAUCAUCGAUCUAUCGAUACAGCUGGUGGCGAUGGAAACGUUUUGCCGGAUUCCAAGAGCAGCAUUGACAUGCUUGAUCAACUCGAGAGGCAAGUCAAAGCCAUAGAACAAGGAACCAUUGCCGCUGCUGCUAGGUUUAAACAGGACGCCGCUACUGACGUCACGUCCGAUGAUAUAUCUUCUCAAUUGCAACGCGAUCGUUCCUCCGUCGGUAAUACUGGUAGCGAUAAAAUCGUUCCUGAAAUCGAAUUACGGUAUAGGGAACACGAGGAUUUACUUCGCAAUAACACCGACGACGAAGCUGAGGGGUCGACACCCCUGCAACGUGGCGAAGCGACGAGAAAUUCUACCGGAAAUGCUGGUAUAACGACAAAGAAGAGGGCCGGUGUUAAAUUGAAUCGUACAGCCUCGGACACGCGUCGAGGUAACGGGGACACAUCGGAUAUGCCGUUGAAAAUUCAAUCGCGCGCUCAACAAGCAAGGAAUAUUGUCAGACCAGUUAUGACCAAAAGGCAACUCCAGCAGGAGGCUGCUGCUGGAAUCGGUACCAAUUCAACAUCAUCUUCUACGGCUACUUCCACACCGAAACCACUGACCACCGUUAUUCAAAAGGCGAUACAAAACAUUGGAAUAAAAGAGACAGGAGAUGGCGUGGGGGUGUCGAGCAGUGGUGGGCAUCACACAAGAUUGUUGUCGAGAAGCCGAGCGGCGGAGGAACCUCACAUUGGCAAAUACAAGCUAUUGAAAACAAUCGGUAAAGGUAACUUCGCCAAGGUGAAACUCGCCAAACAUGUUCCAACCGGAAAGGAAGUUGCCAUCAAAAUCAUCGACAAAACACAGCUCAACCCUGGCAGCCUUCAAAAGUUAUUCCGCGAAGUAAGGAUAAUGAAGAUGCUGGACCAUCCAAACAUCGUCAAACUGUUCCAAGUGAUCGAGACUGAGAAAACGUUGUACCUAGUGAUGGAGUAUGCGAGCGGAGGGGAAGUGUUUGAUUACCUAGUAUUGCAUGGUAGGAUGAAGGAAAAGGAAGCCCGGGCUAAAUUCCGUCAGAUAGUUUCGGCGGUACAGUAUUGUCAUCAGAAAAAGAUCAUCCAUAGAGAUUUAAAAGCCGAGAACUUGCUACUCGACAGCGAGAUGAACAUCAAGAUUGCUGAUUUUGGAUUCAGUAACGAAUUCACACCUGGCAAUAAACUUGACACUUUUUGUGGCUCCCCGCCAUACGCCGCACCAGAACUUUUUCAAGGGAAGAAGUAUGACGGGCCAGAAGUCGACGUAUGGUCAUUAGGUGUGAUAUUGUACACGUUAGUUUCGGGCUCACUGCCAUUCGACGGAUCUACGCUUAGGGAAUUACGGGAAAGAGUAUUACGGGGGAAGUAUAGAAUCCCGUUUUACAUGUCGACCGACUGUGAAAAUUUAUUAAAAAAAUUUCUGGUGCUCAACCCCACAAAACGGGCCUCGUUAGAGGUACGUGGCGAUAAGAAUAUAAUGAAAGAUAAAUGGAUGAAUAUGGGAUAUGAGGACGAUGAAUUAAAACCGUACUUAGAACCCGAACCCGAUUACAAGGACCACAAGAGGAUAGGUGAGUCUGCCAAGGCACUAGCUAGUAUGGGAUAUACACGAAGCGAAAUAGAAGAUUCCCUCGGCCAAGCUAAGUACGACGAUGUAUUCGCCACCUAUCUACUACUAGGAAGAAAGACGACAGACCCUGAGAGCGACGGUUCUCGGUCUGGCAGUUCACUGUCGCUGCGCAACAUUCCGCCCCAAGUAGGAUCAGGGGGUGGCGGAGUCAGCGGAACGGGGACAGGAGGCGCAGCACAGAGUCCCUCGCAUCGAGGUGUUCACCGCAGUAUUUCAGCUAGCAACCCAAAACCCAGUAGACGAGCUUCUUCCGGAGGUGAGACACUCCGGUGCGCGCCUAGUCCUGGUAACACGACGAACCACAAUCAUGCAACGACUGGUACGGGUGCUGGCACUUUAGCAGGUAGCGGUGGAAGUAACUUUAAACGUCAAAAUACGGUUGAUUCGGCAACAAUAAAAGAGAACAGUGCUCGCGUACCUGCGGGUAGACCGUCAGCCCCAAAAAAUAGUCCAGGACAAUUAGACACGAUGACAAUGUUCAUUAUAGGUGUGGGAACGAGUCCUGGUGGUAAGUCGAGAGUCGGAAAGAGCAAUACAAUGAACGCCGGCGUCGGCAGCGGGAGACCUCUGACAUCUCCAGCACCAGGUUCGGUAGGAAGACGCAGUACCAUCUCUUACGAUCAAGCUAAGACAUCUUCCUCUUCAACGGAGAGAACCAACGAUGUUCCCAGCCUCGGCGAGGGCACUAGGCCAGCAAGGGGUCACACCAAAUCUGCAAGCAUCAGCGCGGGCCACCGAUCUUCGAGUGGCGUACAGCCCGGCGACAACUCGCUGCUGGACCCGCAGCCCCGCAACGCCCACAACUCGUUACUUGCUACUGCUGACCCUCUCAGGCAGAGCCUUGGCGUUUCACCAAGCACCAGACUGGCACCUGCAGCGGCAUUCCCAAGGAAUGUUCCAAGCCGCAGCACCUUCCAUUCUGGGCAGAAUAGAGCCCAGCGAAAUCAUCCUCAGGGUCACACGCAUACACAGGAUACGAACGCUAUCAGUCCACUGGCGAGGCCAUCUUUCUUUUCAAAAUUAUCAUCCAGGUUCUCAAAACGCCCCAUGGACCCAUCCGUACCUCCCAAGCACGCUGUAGUGAGUGGUGCAACCACUAAUGACGAGCAGGUAAAACCACGCAGUCUUCGUUUCACUUGGAGCAUGAGAACGACGAGCAGUCGGGAUCCAAAUGAAAUCAUGUCGGAAAUACGCAAGGUGCUGGAUGCCAAUAAGUGCCAGUACGAGCAGCGUGAGAGAUUUUUGCUGCUCUGUGCGCACGGAGAUGCAGCAACGGAUAGCCAGGUGCAGUGGGAGAUAGAGGUCUGCAAGCUGCCGAGGCUGUCGUUGAACGGUGUGAGAUUCAAGCGGAUCUCAGGAACAUCGAUCGGCUUCAAAAACAUCGCCAGCAAGAUAGCGAACGAGCUCAAACUGUGACUGCCGGCUGCAGGCGCCACGGAGGCUGGUGCCAACCCAUAACCCCCUCGUGAUGAUCCACGCCAGCAAGUAGCCACUUCCGACGACUAUUACUCUUACUUCUUCUGGGACUCGGCUUCGGGCUCUGACGAUCAGCAAGAGAUAUUCGUCUAGCCUUUCGCGUAACCAGAUCCCAGUAUUUCAACAUCUCGGUUAUCACACGCGUGUUUCUGCAUGGGAGAAGCAGAUGCAGGAGGGCGGGUGGGAGUGAGCGAGUGAGUGACUGAGUGGGUGGGUAGGUGGGUGGAUGCGGAGUCGGGUACAAGCGUUUGUAACACGUUCAAGAUUGUCUUCGGUGGUUGUUGUUUGUAUUUUUUUUAUUUU